GACGGUCUCGUGACUUUCCCGGAAGAGGAGAUUUCAACAACAACAUUCAGUGGAUAAAGGCUUCUAUAAGCUGCCUGUUCCUCCUAUUUUAGUUGGUAUCUUUCCUCCCAUCGACCCAGUAAUGGACGGACCUACUAGAACAGCCUCAGACGCCUCAGCCGGACCUCCGCCGUAUUUCAGAGGAAAUGAAAGCUCCCUGGUUUCAGCCCUCAAGACGCUGCUGUUCUUCACCAUCCUCAUGGUCACGCUGCCCAUUGGACUGUAUUUUGCAUCAAAGGCGUACAUCUUUGAGGGUUCGAUGAAGAUGUCAAGCUCCGACAGCUACUUCUAUGCAGCCAUAGUUGCAGUGCUCACUGUGCAUGUAGUGUUAGCUUUGUUUGUUUAUGUGGCCUGGAAUGAAGGCGCGCCUAAAGGCAAGGGCAAACAUGAUUAAGGCGUGUCCUUAUCAGCUCAUACGACUGACAGAGAUGGACUGACGCAGGCAGCUCCUCCACCACCACCACGGGCUUCAACAUUUAACACGGCAUCAUCUACAAACCCUGUCUGGUUUGCGCUCCGCCUUUAACCCAGGGUUAAAGCAUGAAACGACUGUGUUUUCCCUGGCAUGAGGGAGAGGAGGCUGUUGGGUGUGUUUUCUUACCAGCAUCAGCAGGCCUGCUUUUUGACUCUUGUUCUCUGAAAAUGUUACUUUUGUUGACAGAGGACAGCCCCUAUUUUUGAGAGGCUUUGUCUUAAGCUGCCACUCGGCGAAGCGCUGCAAGUCCCAUCAAAGUAGCAUUCUGUCAUGUUGUAAAGCAUCUUUGGUUAUGACUGAUGCGUGUGUCCACACACAGUUUGUAUAAUGUACACUGUGCAUGUCUGAAGGAUUUUGAUUCUAAAAUACCUAAUAUCCACUCUACUGAUCAUUCUUCCUCAUAUUUCUGUCGUUAUCUGCCUAAAUUUAAAGAUGAGUCUUCACGUCAGUAUAAACUCCCACGCUAUAUUUUGGAACAAGAUCUUCAUGUCUUGUCCUCCGAGUUGUCUCAUUUAAGUGUUCCUCCUUUGAGAUUUAAUGUGUUUGUGUGAUGUAGUUCGGUGACAUUGUGGAAUUUUGAGUUAGGAAAUUAUUGCAACAUCCAACUGUAUUUAAAUAAAUGUUUUGUAGUGAAGAUGUUUGGUGAUAUGAGAAUGUAGAUGUCAGUAUGAUGCAGGUUUGAGUGGUGAAUUGCUUAAAUAAACUUGAGAAAUUGUAACUUUG